AUGUCAUCCCUUUUGGGUCCGGAGAUCAUUCAUGAGGCCUUAGAGAAGGUCAGAGUGAUUGGGGACAGGUUGACUACUGCUUACAAUUUGCAGAAGUCAUAUGCUGAUAAAAAAAAACGACCCUUAGAGGUUGAUAUUGGUGACAAGGUGUACUUUAAAAUAUCGCCUAUGAAAGGGGUGAUGAGAUUUGGUAGAAAAGGGAAGGUGAGUCUGAGGUAUGUUGGGACAUAUGAGAUACUACAGCGUAUGGGUGAGGUGGCAUAUGAGUUAGCAUUUCCUGCGGAGCAGGAUUCUGUUCAUCCAGCUUUUCAUGUCUCUAAGUUGAAAAAGUGCCUUGGUGAUCCAGCAUCAAUCCUACCUGUUGAAGGGACGAAUCUUCCUAAGGAGGGGAUAAUGUAA